GGGAAUUGAAUCAAGUUGUUUUCUCAUAAUCUAAUGAAACAUUAAAAUAUUUCUCGUUCGUUGCUACUACACAAUGUCAAUCUUAUGCCGGUACCUGUUUGUGAUCAUAAAAUCUGUACUAUAACAAAAAAAAUUUCUACUCUCUCUCACGCUUUACUGUUGCUUUUGUUGCAUACAUCGUCAAUAAAUAUUACGGCCUCGUUGUUAAGUAAUGAUAUUCUGUCUGUGACCGUCUGUAGUUAUUUUCAUUCGGACACUACAAUUGAACGGACGUGUUGUGUUUCGCUUAGUUCGUGUUUUUAAGCAUUAUCAAAAAAAUAAAUAAAACAAAAAAGUGGGGCUGUGAUUUUUUUUUUCGGAUAUUUACAUUAGCGAGUAACGAUACUGAUUUAACUUAAUGCUGUUGGUUGAUGAUAGUUAGAAAAGAAGACAAAUUGACCUUUCAUGGGAAGCCAUUAAGAUUAUUAAAGUGAAAGCUUGAUUCAUUUAUUUUUGGGCUGUUAUUAAAUUAAAUAUCAAAGAAAAUUGUAGCAGUCAUACAGAUGAGAGUUAUUUCGCAAUGGUUAACGUAACUGUGGACCCAUUGAGUGAUCACGUUGGUUAUCACAUUUUACAUUGGAUUAUUUCACAGUCGGGCGAAUGGUAUUCGAAAGUGAAUGAAAAUUUACAAGAUAAUUUGAGAUCGAUUGAAAGUGGUGUUGCUGUGAUUGACGAAAUUCUAACACCAAAAGAGGAAGAAGUUCCGUAUGAAAAUCAACAGUACGUGGCAAUUGAAAGCGAUCAAGCAAACGGAAUACGAAACGAAAACAACAAUCACGAUCCACAUAUGAAUAUUUUAAAUCAGAUAAUUAACAUGAAUUUUAACUAUGACGACAGCAACAUUGAAACUCGAACAAUGUCAGUUCGAGGAAAUUCGCGUGCAGUUAAUAAUGAAGUACUAAUGUCACCACCACACAACAAUGCAUUGCUUAAUCAGCGCGAAAGCGUGUUAAUCACACAACCAUCAAGUAUUCCCAGCUCGCCUUUAGCGUCACCGAGUGGUCAAAGCUCUACAUCAUUUUGCAUACAGUCACCAUCCCAACUAUCAGUUAAUAUCAACACUAAUCAUGAGAUUGAAGACCCAACAACAGAUCCAAAUUGGCAAGCAACAAAAGCAACCGUGAGAGAACGAAAUGCUGCGAUGUUUAACAAUGAAUUGAUGGCAGAUAUUAAAUUUAUCGUGGGAUGUGAUGAGCACGUUCAAACAAUUCCAGCACAUAAAUAUGUGCUUGCAACUGGAUCUUCUGUUUUCUAUGCAAUGUUUUUCGGUGGACUUGCUGAGAACAAAUCGGAAAUUUCUGUACCUGAUGUGGAACCUUCAGCAUUUCUAACAAUGCUUAAAUAUUUGUAUUGUGAUGAGAUACAACUGGAAGCUGAUAAUGUGUUAGCGACACUUUAUGUUGCCAAAAAAUAUAUUGUUCCACAUUUGUGUCGUGCUUGUGUGAAUUUUCUCGAGACAAGUUUGACGGCAAAAAACGCUUGUCUCCUGUUGAGUCAGUCAAGAUUGUUUGAAGAGCCUGAGCUGAUGCAACGAUGUUGGGAGGUUUUAGAUGCUCAGGCUGAAAUGGCAAUCAAAUCGGAAGGAUUUGUUGAUAUUGACAUAAAAACUUUUGAAACAAUACUCGGACGCGAAACGUUGAAUUGUAAAGAAAUAAAUCUUUUUGAAGCUGCACUCACAUGGGCACAUAAUGCUUGUGUCAAGUCUGAUAUUGAACCAACGCCACAAAAUAAAAGACAAAUUCUCGGCCAUGCACUUUUUCUCAUUCGUAUUCCAACAAUGACACUCGAACAGUUUGCAAAUCAUGUUGCACAAUUAGGCAUUUUGACUCAACAGGAGACUAUCGACAUUUUCUUGCAUUUUACCGCGAAGACUAAACCAAUUUUAAACUUCAUAACAAAACCCCGAAAUGGAUUGAAAGCUCAAAUCUGUCAUCGCUUCCUUUCUUGUGCUUAUCGAAGUAAUCAAUGGCGAUAUCGUGGACGUUGUGACUCAAUUCAAUUCAGUGUCGAUAAGAGAAUUUUUAUUGUGGGCUUUGGAUUGUAUGGUUCAUCAACAGGCGCUGCUGAUUAUAACACAAAAAUUGAACUCAAACGACUUGGAAGAACACUCGCUGAAAGUAACACAAAAUUCUUCUCAGAUGGAUCGUCAAACACAUUUCAUGUGUUCUUUGAGCAUCCAAUUCAGGUUGAACCUGAAUGCUUCUACACUGCGAGUGUUAUCUUAGACGGAAGUGAAUUAAGCUUCUUUGGACAGGAAGGCAUGACGGAAGUGUGCAUGGGCAGUGUAACAUUCAACUUUCAAUGCUCUUCGGAAUCAACGAACGGAACUGGAGUUCAAGGCGGCCAAAUUCCUGAAUUAAUAUUUUACGGUCCAACUGGGCCAAGCGAUUACUCGAACACAAGUACAUUGAAGAAAGCAAUCAAUGCUUGUUCAUUAAACGAAGUUGGAAACAAUUCAAGUUAAGGUAAAAAAUGUACGAAAGAAUGAAACUUUUGACAUUUUCCAAUCUAUAAUAAAACAGUUUUAAGUCAGUAGCGAGAAGCUUUUGAAAAUCAUUUAGAAAAAGUUAAAAAGAGAAAAUAAAAUUAUCAAACUUUAAGUAGAAAUGUGAAAAUAACAAAUUUAUAUGCAAUUCUUUUGCUUCAUCCUUUUUAUCUAAUUAAUUAAUUGAAAUUCUUGUCAUAUCGUUGAUUUCACUUUAAAUAAAAGUUUAAAAGAAUUAAAAA